GCAACCAAACUAUGACACUUUUGCAACAUCAAGUUCUAGCUUAACAUCUGCUCAAAAAAAAAGUUCUAGCUUAACUUCAAACUUUCUUAGUUAUGGCUUAUAAUAAAGCUUUUUCUCUGUUUUCAUUCACUCUCCUCCUCCUCCUCCUUCCUCUCCACUCGCAUGCAACUUCACGAAACAUCCAUGACAAAAAAUCAUCACCCUUUGAGUUUCUCAAACAUCUUCAGGGAUGUCACAAGGGAGAACAGGUCAAAGGCAUCCAUAACCUCAAAGCCUACCUCGAAAAUUUUGGUUAUUUGAGCUAUAACCAUUCCAAAAAUCACACUCAUACCAAUGAUGAUGAUUUCGAUGAACUCUUGGAAUCUGCCAUUAAAACAUACCAACUAAACUACCAUCUCAAUGCCACUGGAACUUUGGAUGCCAAAACAGUAUCAACAAUGAUGAUGCCUCGUUGUGGGGUGGCAGAUAUCUCCAAUGGUACGAAUUGGAUGCGCUCAGGCAAGAAGAAACAUCAUCACCGCCAUGGCUCUUUACAUACCGUCUCUCACUAUACUUUCUUCCAAGGAAAUCCCAAGUGGCCAUCUUCUAAGUACCAUCUCACCUAUGGAUUUUUUCCUGGCACUCCAACUGAAGCAAUGAGUCCCGUCGCAAAAGCUUUCGAAACAUGGGCUGCCAACACACACUUCAAGUUCUCAAGAGCUCUGGACCACACAAAUGCAAAUAUCAAAGUUAGUUUCCACAGGAGGGAUCAUGGAGAUGGGCACGCUUUUGAUGGAGCUGGUGGAAUCUUAGCACAUGCUUGGGCGCCUACUGAUGGGAGAUUCCAUUAUGAUGCAGAUGAGCAGUGGAGUGUUGGAGCUGCCCCAAAUGCGUUUGACUUGGAGACUGUUGCAUUGCAUGAAAUUGGGCAUCUUCUUGGACUCGAUCAUAGCUCUGUUGAAGGGGCCAUUAUGUGGCCUAACAUACGUCCAGGAGUGACCCAAGGUUUGCAUAGGGACGAUAUUGAUGGCAUUAAAGCCUUAUAUAAUUUUUGAGUGUGUAAGCCUAAAUAUA